GUUGAUGUGACGGCAUUGGAGCGCGCCAGGAACGCCCAGGAUGUGUGACUCUGGAUCUGUCGGUUGCGGAUAAAUGGCCGGCACUGCUGCUGCAGGGGCAAUGCUGCGCUUUCCGGCCUUGCGAGAAGUCGGGCACUUUGCGGCGAUUGGAGCUGCAGUUUCUACUGCGGUGUCGCCGGGCUGACCACAAAGGACACCGCUUGACUGUCUCCGCCUCUGACUACCCGUGAAUGCCAGGGGAUGCGUAAAUACCUGUGUGUUUUGGACACCAUUCAUAAUGGAGUUUCCUGACUUGGGGAAGCACUGUUCAGAACCGACUUGCAAACAACUAGAUUUUCUGCCAAUAACAUGCGACACCUGUAAACAAGAUUUCUGUAAAGACCAUUUUUCCUACGCAGGUCAUAAGUGUCCCUUUGCAUUCAAAAAGGAUGUGCAGGUGCCCGUGUGUCCACUCUGUAAUGCUCCCAUCCCUGUGAAGAGAGGUGAGAUCCCAGAUGUGGUGGUCGGCGAGCACAUGGACAGAGAUUGCACCUUUCACCCCGGGAGGAACAGAAACAAGGUUUUCACACACCGCUGCUCCAAAGAGGGAUGCAGGAAGAAGGAGAUGCUGCAGCUGGCUUGUGCCCAGUGCCAUGGCAACUUCUGCAUUCAGCACAGGCAUCCCCUGGACCAUAACUGCCAAGCUGGGAGCAGCUCAGCCAGCAGAGGGAGGGCUUCGGCAUCCAGAGCUACCGAGCAGAAGCCAUCGGGAGUCAGUUGGCUGGCCCAGCGACUCAGGCGCACAGUGAAAUGACAGAGAGGCUGCGAGGCUCCGAGGCUCCCGUCAGUGAUGCACACCAGCUCCUUCCUGUUGGGUUUUCAUCCUGCUGACAUGGCCUCCCGCACUUUCUUGCCUCUCCUGAGUCUGAGUCUUUAUGGGAGAGUCUCCCACUGGCUGUUCAAGUUAGGACGAAUUGAUGGCUCAGUGAGUAAAGCGCUUACCUCACAAGCAUGAGGACCUGAGUUCAUCUCCAGAACUGCAUGUGAUUGGUGCACACUUGGGAGGUGGAAAGAGGAAAAUCUCCAGGGCUCUCUCACCAGCAGCCUAGCCUUCUUGGAGAGUUCCAGGCCAGAGAGACACUGCCUCAAAAACCAAGGUGGACACUUUCUGUGGCGGGACAUCAGAAAUUCACCUCUGGCCUCACACACACACACACACACAUACACACACACACACACACACACACACACACACACACACACACACUGUACAAUUGAAUUGAUUUGGUAAACUAAAUGAGGCUCUUCAGCAACUUCUUGAGGUGAGUUAGGUUACCAUAGCAAAAAGCUGUGGGUUCAGGAGAUGAGAACUUGUGUUCACCUCAGUGGUGGCUUUGGCCUGUGCUAAACCACUCCAGGACUUGGUAUUCUGGAAAAUUCUGUCCUAUAACAGAAAAGAACUACCAUAUGCUCUGCAUUCUCCCUCCAUGGCUUUUGUAAGGAGCUGUCCUUUCCUGGCCUCCACCUGGGGCUGCUGUGUACUUGGCCUGCAGUGAUGUCUCCAAGGUUGACUUAAGCAACCAGUUUCACUGUGCCAUGGCUCCACAUGCCUGGGUUCAGAUUGUUUUGUUUUGUUUGACACAGUGUCUCACUAUGGAGCUCUGGCUGUCAUGGUACUCACUAUGCAGACCAUGCUGGCCUUGAACUCAUAGUGAUCCCCCUGACUCUCCCAAGAAGAACACCAAGAAAUGGGAGCCAUUUCAGAAGUAUCUGGUUUUGCAAUCGAAGCUUCUCCUCAUGUGGAAACACCAUGGCAGCGGGCUGAGGGUGUCCUUGGGCACUUGACGGAGCAGAAACCCAGACAGGAGAGCCGUGGUGCUGGGCCUCAGGGUGCAGCCACAGUUGCCACCUGACCUCCAUAUAAGGGCUUACUCUCACUUUCCAGGAGCUUGGGUGUCAGAGAUGACAUGAGACCAACCACCCAAGCUGCUUUUGACUUUCACCCUUAGUUGACAGCCUUUGGGACAGUUAACUGCACAAAUUCCAUAUGUAGCAGCAUUGUGUAGGCUUUGUGGGCUCUAGCUGUGGUGGGGAGGCAGGGGUGGGUUCCACUCACUCUGUUCUUUAAAGAAGAGCACCAAGAAAUGGGAGCCAUUUCCUAAGCCAGUGCCUCUGUAACAUCAGUACACCAGUCUCUUCAGUCCAGCUCUAGACUCAUCAGUGCACUCAUCCUGUCCCUAGUGUCUGACUUGGGGUGUGGGGAAAGGUGUAUUCAGGGUUUGCUCUUAGAACUAGGUCUAGGGAGUGGUGCUAUGUGGGGACACAGACAAACCAUUCUUUUGUACUUCCACUUCCCAAGGUGACAGCCAUUCUCCCUCAUGUUGGUAGACACUCGAUAUAGCCAGCAUAACCAAGCUUUUAAUUCAACUUUAAGUUUUUAAACAUUUGGGUUCAGUAAUUAGGCAAUGUUUAAAUAGGGACUUGGGUAUAUGAGUCUCCCUCCUAACCAUUGCAUGCAAUAAUGUUUCCACUGAGAUGACUAAAUUGGGAAUUAAAAGCACACUGGGUGGGCUGGGGGAAUGGACCAAUGAUUAAGAGCCUAUACCUCUCUUGUAGAGGACCAGAGUUUGGUUCCCAGUACCACCCAUAUUAGAUGGCUCACAACUACAUGUAAACCUCAGCUCCAGGGGCAUCUGAUGCCUCUGAACUCUGGGCCCUUGCACUCACAUGCACAUGUUCUUAAACAUGAAUUUGGACGUGCACUGGGAAAGAAAGGUUAGAACCUAGCAUAGUGGGUUAACCCUCACCUAGAGCCCACCAGUGAGGAGCUGGGGCCACAAUUCUAUAGGAGAGCACUUGCCUAGAACCCCUCUGGUCUGGGGCAUAGUUUAGUAGUGGAGGACCUUCCUGUCAUGUCUGAGGACUCAGAUUCUAUCCCUACUAUUGGAAGGAAACAAAAGCACCAAACUUUAAAGGCAAUAUCAAAUGUAAGACUGUGUGUUGAAAUAUUUUAUAUGUAAUAGUUAAUAAAAAUAAUUUAUUUCACCUGUUUA